UGAUACUCCUAUCCUCUAUCUUAUUUAAGAUAGCCAGCUCAUGCUGCAAAUAUAGGAUAAUCGUUAUCAUAAGCGCGUAGUUGUACUGCACACCACAACGCGGUUAAGGCUGCAAGGCGCGAGCCUGUAACACGAAAAGAGAUUAGAAUGUCAUUUGUCGUUCCUUUGCUGCAUCUUAACAGUAAGACCAGCCGUUUCAAAAAUUGUUAAGUGUGCCCCAGUAAAAGCAGGAAUCAAGAUGACAUACUUCUGGUAGUUCGCUCUUCAAGUUACACGCAAAUCCUCGAAUGCGUUUUCUUUUUUUUUUUUUAAUCUUCAGCUUAUUGUGUGGGUCCGAGCUGGUUGGAGGCAAUGACGCCCUGCAUUGAUAGUGUUGUUGCAGCAGUACUUCAAGCAAAAUGUGCAUCCAGCGUUCUAGUUAUGACGUUCGGCUCAUCUUGUAUCGUGAUUUGUAACUAAUCAAACUGAACCCACCCCGUUGGAAAGACAACUUCGCCAACGCCCAUUAACACCCUGUAUAAGCGGCGGGUUGCGGAAAGCAUGUUGUUGGCUACUGCGUCUUCGUCGAAUUCCGGUAUGGCGUGCGUAAGUGGUUCGCUAUGGUUUUAUUGAAGGCUCCCGAAGACGCCUCCUGGCCACCAAUCCCUGGGUAACGCUGUCAUCGGGCUUUGUACUAUGGAAACGAAGGUCGCGACUGCGGGAUUCUUUGGAAGGCUAUGGCAAAAACUGUUUCGCCGGGCGGAGGACGCGUACAGUUUCCGUCAGCCGCCAGCGACUCCCAGCGCGACGGCUUCGCCGACUCGGAACAAUGGACUCGUCGAAGCGGUUGACAUUACCGACACUGCGAGCCUAGCGGUCUUGCACGAACCUCGAGGAUCCAACAGCAAGCGGCAGGAAGCCUCGACGGCUGACGCUGCUCCAACCACCUGCCCGACACCGUCCACUGUCGCCGCCGUCGCUGCUGCUGCUGCCCGGGCCACUCCUCUGCGACUGCUGUCGGAAAACAAGGGUGGCCAGCUGAGCAACAACGGCUGCUCGGUGUUGCCGUACUACUCGGUCAACACCGAUCCGUUGGACGUGCAGCUCGUAAUAGCGAAUGGCGCUGCAAGCAACACCAGCGGCUUUGCGGCGUUCCUCGGUGGUAUCGACACUGUCGGGGAAAACACUGCGGACGAGGAGCCUGACUUUGUAGGCGUAUUUUGGCAGCGGCCAUGUUCUGCGGAUUACUGCGCGCAAGAACGACCGCGGUGCGUCAUGGGCGUGCCCGUGCGAUUGGACCCGGCGGUUGUGUGCGACUUGGACAGCGGGCCCUUUGACCGCUCGUGUAACCAAAGUGUGUUCUUCACGGCACCUUCAAAGUAGCCCGAAGACGUCACAGAUAGUUCAGUAUGAAUCUGCUGCUGAUGUUCGCAGUGUGUGCGCAGUACAAGAAACAUCGCUGGAGUGGACGUCGUUAUUGGACGCGUGCCCUUGCUUGCCCGAGUUUUGAAUGUUUUUAGUCGCCUUAAAUUUCUGUAAUGCUUUGUAUUUCGGAAAAUAUUCCUCCCAUUUAAUAAAGCAAUAUAAAAACCA